AUCUGCUGAAGAGUGAGACAGCUGGCGAUGUGGGCCAUGCCAAAGAGAUGGAUGAAACUGUUGCCGAGUUUAUCAAGAGGACCAUCUUGAAAAUCCCAAUGACUAAAAUGAUGACAGUCCUAAAAGCCUGGGAUUUUUUGUCUGAAAAUCAACUGCAGACUGUAAACUUCCGGAAGAGAAAGGAAUCUCUUGCUCAGGACUUGGUUCUGCUUUGUGAGGAGAAUGGUGUGAGUCUCAAUGACGCAGCCCUUUUAGACAUCAUUUAUACUCAAUUUCAUCGGCACCAGAGAGUUUGGGAUCUUUUUCAGAUGGCUAAAGAGCCAGGUGAAGACAUUGACCUUUCCGAUAUGGAACAGUUCAAAAGUUCAUUUAAGAAAAUUCUUCAGAGGGCAUUAAAAAAUGUGACAGUCACUUUCAGAGACACUGAGGAGAAUGCAGUAUGGAUUCGAAUUGCCUGGGGAACACAGUAUAGAAAACCAAACCAGUACAAACCUGCUUAUGUGAUGUAUUAUUCCCAGACCCCAUAUGCCUUCAUUUCUUUCUCCCAGCUGAGAAGCAAUACACCCCUCCUGUGUCAGGCACUGACAAUCGCUAGCAAACACCAUCAGAUUGUGAAAAUGGACCUCAGAAGUCGAUAUCUGGACUCUCUUAAGGCUAUUGUUUUUAAACAGUAUAAUCAGAACUUCGAAACUCACAACUCUGCUACACAUCUACAAGAAAGAAGACUUGGGCUAGAUAUAAAUAUGGAUUCAAGGAUCAUUCAUGAAAACAGAAUAGAAAAAGACAGAGUCCACAGAGUGACUCAAGAAAUUUUUGGGGACUAUUCUCAACCAAGACUAGAGUUUGCACAAUAUAAGCUUGAAACAAAAUUCAAAAGUGACUUAAAUGGGGGCAUCUUGGCGGAAAGAGAAGAACCCCUCCGGUGCCUCGUAAAGUUCUCUAGCCCGCAUCUUCUGGAAGCACUGAAAUCCUUAGCAUCAGCCGGUAUUGCAGAUGCACCACUUUCUCCAUUGCUCACUUGCAUACCCAGCAAAGGAAUGAAUUAUUUUAAAAUUAAAGAUAAAUAAGAUGUAUGUGGUUUUGCAAGCAUCGCAUCUCCUUGACUAUGUUGCAUACUUAUUUCAGUUAAUGGCUUACUGGAUAGCUUCUGUCUAAAAACUUGUAUUUUAGAAAUUAACCCUUGAUAUUGACAAUUUAAAAAUGUUCAAUAUAAUCGUUGGGAAUGAUUCUUUCC